AUGCUUAUGAAUCAAAGAGGAAAUUUCUCAUGGGUGAUGAAGAAAAUCCUCAAUCAGCGUGAAGAUUUCAACAGGAUUAUGAUUGGUGUGCAGGGUGACAGCUUCAAAUCGAAGAUGUUGUAUGAGAAACUUAAAUGUGGUGAGCCUCUUAUGCCUUGGUUUAAGCUUUUAUGGAAUAACCUGGAGAGACCUCGAGCUCAGUUCAUUUUGUGGUUAGCUUGUCACGAUAGAUUGGCGACAAGAGAGAGGCUGCAUCGAUUUAAUUUGAUUGCGAGCCGUGUUUGUGUUUUCUGCAGCGACAUAGAAACCACCAAACACCUUUUCUUCGAGUGCCCUGUUACGAAUGAGAUAUGGUGCAAGGUGCUCGACUGGCUGCAGGUUAAGCACAAACCCAAGAAUUGGAGUGAAGAGAAGGAUUGGCUUAUAAAGAAUUGCAAAGGAAAAGGCUGGCGAAGCACUAGUCUUAAGUGUGCAGUUACUGAAACCAUAUACUACACUUGGAUGCUUAGAAAUGAUAUGGUUUUUGGAAAAGAUAACAAUAGACAGAAAAUAGUGAAAGAUAUAAUUGAUACUUUGGUGUAUAGAUUAUGGGAAAAUAGGAAAGUUAGAAAACACUUAGCCUUGCUUAUGGUCUAA